AUGUUCGCGUAUCCGCCGGCAUAUCCACUGGGCACGUUAUGUCUCGGAGGCAUUCGCAGAGAAUCCGCCGGGACCCUCUUUACCGUUCCCCAAAGCGCUCAAAUGAGCAUGGAGGAAACGCUGCGCAAUUUGGAACAAUUACGGAAAACGACCGAUUCGCUAGCCGAAAACGCUGAUGGGAGCGACCAAAACAUGCGCCUUGCACGGCGUCCAGAUAUUCCUCCUGUCGGCCGUCCUCAAGCUUCUACUCCGAUACGGAAAUUACAGAAGGCUUGA